UUGGAACGUGACUACGCGGAGUCAGACAGUCCUUGCCAGGCAGUGAUUGGUUGCCGAGGGGCGCGGUCACUCGACGCUUAAGAGGUGGCGGCAUCCGAGAGGAGAGCCAUGGGUCAAGCCGCCAAGGUUUUGCAGCUCUUUAAAACACUGCACAGGACCAGAAAACAAGUUUUUAAAAAUGAUACCAGAGCAUUAGAAGCAGCCAGAAUAAAGAUAAAUGAAGAAUUCAAAAAUAAUAAAAGUGAAACUUCUCCUAAGAAAAUAGAAGAGCUCAUUAAAUUAGGUUCCGAUGUUGAAUUGUUACUCCGAACAUGUGUUAUUCAAGGUAUUCACACAGAUCAUAAUACACUGAAAUUGAUUCCAAGGAAAGACCUUCUUAUAGAAAAUGUGCCAUAUUGUGAUUCACCAAUUCAGAAACAAUGAAUUUCUAGGAUAAAAAUCCACUCUCAGCCUUCUGGACCCUACGCAGCCUUCUCUGAGUAGCCUAUCCUAUAUGAACCAGCUCAAAUGGUUCCUGUAAACCUGGCUCUUAGUUGUUCCAGACAAUGGGAAACCCUGGCAGGAAAGCAAAGGAAGGAGGAGAGUAAAGGCAGGUAUUCAGCUAAUUAUUUCCCUGGCUCUGCCCCUGAGAGGUUGCCUCAGGCUGGCAGUGUCCCUCUCCCAGUUCUUUCAAGGUGAUUUGUGUAUCAUUCUUUCCUUCUAGUUUCAGAAAAGGCUGCCUUUUCUCAAGUUUGGUUUGCAACAGCUCAUCUGCUACUGUUUACACCCAUGGUUUUGUAAAUAAAUCUACAAAUUAUUUAAGUCUGUCAUCCAUUUCCUAUUGGACUCUUAAUUCACUGCCUUGAGGGAACUUACCCUUGAAAGUGAGAGGCAAUAAACAAGGUUAAAAAGUAAAUUAAAAGGUGUUGGGUAAUGUAGAGAAAGAUAAGAAAGGAAAGGGAGAAAGGAAAACUACAUGGAUGAGGUUUUGCAAUAUUAAAUGCUGUGAUCAGAGAAGAUCUUAUGAAGAAAGUGAUAGUUGAACAAAGACAAGGAUGUGAGCGAUCUAACCAUGCAGACAUAUAAGGGAAGAAAUUUCAUGCCAAACAAAUUGUUCGUGCAGUACUCCUGAGACAGGAUCAUACCUACUACAUUUGAAGAAAACCAGAUGACAGGAGCAAAGUGAUUUAGAGGGAGAGUAGUAGGUAGAAGGAGGGGGCUGGUUGCCAGGCUAUGUGAACUCUUAUAAGGACUGUGGUUUUUGCCCUGAGUGAAAUGCAGAGCCAUUAGAUGUUUUUAAGUAGAGGAAUGAUAUGAUCUGAUUUUAAGUUUUAAUGACAUCAUGCUAUUUUGAGGGCCAUGGUGAAUGAAGAGAUACAAAUUUGAAGGGGCCUGCAUUAAUCCAGAUAAGUAAUGAUAGUGCCUUAUACCAAAGUGGCAACAGUGAAGGUGGUGAAAAGUAGCAAAUUGAUAGAACUCAUGGUUUUCCUGAUGGAUUUAAAAUAAGACAAAAAGAAAAG